GGGGGGCUGCCUGUUGAGCCAAAAGAGGACAGACAGUCAGACGCUCGUGCAAGAGACAUGGGUCUGAUUGUCAUCUGAGAAUUUCUGCUGUUGGUGUUCACCUUGAAGGACAGUAGAGUGCCGACACUGACAUUAGUGGGAUCCAAAAAGAUCUUUAACAAACUUUUUAUUUGAAAUCAGAAACCACCAACCAAGUUUACAGAAUGAAUCCAAAGAAAGCUCCAGGUGAAAAGAAAAAGACAUGUGGAACAAUUUGUCUCAAAUACCUACUAUUUCUCUUCAAUUUUCUCUUUUGGCUGGCAGGAGGGACUGUGCUGGCCGUGGGCGUCUGGACUUUAGUGGAGAAAAGCGACUACAUCAGUUUGCUGAACUCUAACUUGUACUCGGCCUCGGCCUACACCCUGAUAGCUGCUGGGGUCGUGGUGAUUGUGAGUGGGAUGAUCGGUUGCUGUGCCACUUUAAAAGAGAUGAGGAGUCUGUUGAUUGUGUAUUUAGUUUUAUUGCUGUGUAUUUUCCUGCUGGAAGUCAUCGCUGGUGUCAUGGCUUACAUUAACUACCAAGAUUGUUUCCCUUUCUGCAACCAGCUGGAUAAAGAGCUCAAAGAGAACCUGAAAGGCACCAUGCAGCAGAAGUACAGACAGCCAGGGGAAGAGAGCAUCACUCAGGCUGUGGACAAACUGCAACAAGAGUUCAAGUGUUGUGGGAGUUCUAAUUUCUCAGACUGGAGAGAAAGUGCAUGGAUCCAGGCAGAGAAAGAGCAGCUAGUUCCAGAUAGCUGCUGUAAAACUCCCACUGAAUUCUGUGGCCGCAGGGAUCACCCCUCAAACAUUUACAAAGUUGAGGGGGGCUGCAUCAUGAAACUGGAGGAUUUCAUUUUAAAUCAGUUAUACAUUCUUGGAGUAGUUGGGAUUGGGAUUGCAUUUUUACAGCUUGUAGGAAUAAUGUUCACGUGUUGCCUUUAUCGGAGCUUGAAGGAAGAUCCAUACGGAUAUUAAACUCUUUUAUCAUCGCUUCCAUUUUGUAAAGGAUAUUUUCAUAAGUCAAAUAUGGUGGCAAAAUAUUGCUCUAAAAGAUAAGAGGGACGGCUUUUGUUUGAUAAAAUACUUUGCUGCAGGACAGCAUUGCAUGCUUCUGUAUGGAAUUGUACUCUGAAUAAACGUUUUACUGAGUUCUCUUUACACCUUUAGAAAGUAUUUUUGGACAUAAUCUGAAGCCAUAAUUCUUUUUUUUUUUCAAAUAAAGUGCGUUUGACAUUUGGA